AUGGCAGUGCCCGAAGUCGUGGCGAUCGCUCAAGGGCCUCUGCUGGGCACCCUCUUUACGAUGCUAUUUUACGGAGUGGUUUCUAUGCAGAUAUUUUUUUACAUACGCAACUAUCCGCGUGAUCGGAUUGUCAUAAAGCUCGCGGUCGCCACCAUUUGGAUUCUCGAGACCCUGCAUACUGCGAUGUCGAUCGAAGCGAUAGAAUAUUAUCUUAUCAGGAACUACAAUAAUCCCAUCGCACUUAGUUCCACUGUAUGGAGCUUCGAGUUGACCCUGAUCUUAGGCUUCAUCAUCGCCUACUUCGUCAAUAUGUGUUUCGUCUGGCGUAUCUACCUGUUGAGCGAGAAGAUCUGGAUUACUGUAGUCCUGGGAAUCCUCUCUACGGCCCGCGUCGCAAUUGGUUUAGCGAAUUGCUCUUUGAGUUUCAAGUACAUGCAAUGGCACGUCUUCAGGGCGCACGUUUAUUCUACGAUGAUUGUCGGAUGGACGCUGUCUGUUGUCGUGGACUGUUCUAUAGCGGCAACAAUCUGCUACUAUCUGCAUACGCACCGUACGGGGAUGCAAAGGACUGAUACUAUUAUCAACCGGCUCCUAAUGUACACUGUCAACACUGGUGCGAUUACAUCCGUGUUCGCGAUCCUGGUGAUCAUAAGCUUCACCACUAUAACCGCCCUCGCGUUCGUCGCGUUCGUGCAAGUGCAGAGCAAGCUCUAUGCUAUAUCUUUGCUAGCAACUUUUAACAGUCGCAGGUCAAUCGCUGGCGCUGCAAACUCCACGUUGGCUACGUUCGAUAACUUCCACUCUACCCACACACCCCCUGUGGAUAUCUCCCAGAACUCUGCCGGGUAUCAAAUGCAGCAUCUGAAGCAGAUGCGCCCUAUUGAAAUCGAACAGACCUUACAGACAAUCAGUAAGGCAGGCUCUUCAGAGUAUACGGUGAGAGAUGCCGAUCCGUAUGUCAACGGCAGUAUGGCCGUCUGA